AUGGAGAAUAUUUUCAACAAAUAUGUAACAGACCAAAAUAUAAUUGGAAUUGGAACGGGAAAAACCAUACAAUCCUUCAUUUCAACCAUAAAAACUAAUACGGAAAGAGUUUUUACACCUAGUAGCCUCCAAUCCUUUUUUCUGUUAAAAGCUAAUAGGUUCAGAACUCAAGAAUUGCAGGCCACAGAAACCAUUGAUAUUUAUUUUGACAGUGCUGAUUACUUCGACAGAGAGAACAAUCUAAUUAAGGGGCGAGGAGGUGCGCUUUUGAACGAAAAAUUGUUGAUGUCAAUGUCAGGUUGCAACGUAAUAUUGGUGGACGACAACAAAUUUAAAAAUAGUUUUGAUGGUUUGUUCGUGCCUAUAGAGGUUAUACGUAACUCGCUUGCCCAUGUUAAACAUGCGCUUUCAAGACACGAUAUUGAUUUCUCUGUGCGAGAGUAUCCUGGAAAAAUAGGACCUGUGAUCACAGAGCAUGGCAAUCUGAUUAUUGAUGUUGAAUACAGUCCAAGUUUCUUAAAAUCGUGUAGAGAUAUAGUUGGCGUGGUGGAACACGGCCUAUUUCUGGAUGAAGAGUUUCACGUAACAAUAGAAAGAAUUUAGUGUGUUAUUAGCGGAGUGAAAGUAA